GCCUUUGGCUCUGUAUAUCGGGGGAAUCUCCGCAAUGAUGAGAUGAUUGCGGUUAAAGUAAUUGAUUUGCAGUCAGAGGCAAAAGCAAAGAGCUUUGAUGUAGAAUGCAAUGCAACGAGAAAUCUACGACAUCGAAAUCUUGUUAAGAUUAUUUGUAGUUGUUCAAAUCUCGAUUUCAAAUCAUUGGUGAUGGAGUUCAUGUCAAAUGGAAGUGUGGACAAAUGGUUAUAUUUAAAUAAUUGUUGUUUGAGUUUCUUGCAAAGGUUGAAUAUAAUGAUAGAUGUUGCAUCUGCAUUGGAAUAUCUCCAUCAUGGUUCUUCAAUACCUGUGGUUCAUUGCGAUCUAAAGCCUUCUAAUGUCAUGUUGGAUAAAAAUAUGGUUGCACAUGUUAGUGAUUUUGGUAUUGCCAAGCUCAUCGAUGAAGGCCGAUCUAAAUGCCAUACACAAACUUUUCCUACUAUUGGAUACAUUGCACCAGAGUAUGGAUCUAAAGGAAUUGUUUCUGUGAAAGGAGAUGUGUACAGCUAUGGGAUUAUGCUAAUGGAAAUCUUCACAAGAAAAAAGCCAACAGAUGAUAUGUUUGUUGCAGAACUAAACUUGAAGACAUGGAUCAAUGGAUCAUUGCCUAAUUCAAUUAUGGAGGUCUUGGAUUCAAAUUUAGUCCAACAAAUUGGGGAACAAAUUGAUGACAUAUUGACUCACAUAUCAUCUAUUUUUGGUUUAGCCCUCAGUUGUUGUGAAGAUUUACCUAAAGCAAGAAUUAAUAUGGCAGAUGUUAUUAAGUCGCUAAUCAAAAUCAAGACUUUGGUUCUUAGAGCAAACAGGGUAUAGUUAUUUUCAUUUGUACAAUUGGAGUUUUCGUGUGUUGGAAUCCAUUUUUAAGUGGUUAUCU